AUGAUGGAGGAGGUGUCCAUGAUGACGGCAUAUGACGAGCAUGUUGUGGACCAGAUGAGCGAGGAGGAGAUCCUGGCCUGUCUUGUGGCUGAAACAGAACCUACAUUCACAGUCCCGACGAAGAAAGCAAAACUGAGAGAAAGCCGACUUCAAAUAAUGGAUGAUGUGGAAAAAGAGGACCCCAUGGACAAAUACCUGAGGGAGAACCACCGGCUUCAACAGGCCAGCCUCCGUCUGGAGCAGGAGAAUGACAACCUGGCCCACAGACUGAUCACCAGUAAGGUUGCCCUUAGGAACGCUCUGGACAAGGCGGAGGACAAGGUGGAUGAACUGGUCAGAGACCUCCUGUUGACCAGACAUCGAGUGCAGGCGACAGAGGAGGAGAAGAGGGGGAAGGAGGAGGAGGCUGAAAUGUUAAAGGAGGUGUUUCGUAGAGAGCUGGAGAAAGCUGAGCAGGAAGUCAAGAGGUCAUCGGGCAUCAUUGCAGACUACAAACAGAUCUGCUGUCAGCUGACAAACCGUCUGGAGAGGCAACAGGCUUCCCACAGAGAAGAGUUCGAUUCACUCAAGAGCGCGGUGAAGGCUUGCCCUCGCUGUCAACACAUUGUAGAAUCGGAUGAACAGUCUGCCGCAGGUCAGGAUUCUCUAACAGAAGUGUCAGCGGGGGACCAUCUGAUGACCGAACCAGGCCAGGAGGAGAACACCACAGGACCCAGAGAGGCAGAGCAGAGGAGGGAGGACCAGGAGAAGGAAUCUCUGAAGGCCCAGAUUACGGAGCUGGAACAGGAGUUGGCCCAGACCAAACUUCAGAUGGUGGAGGCCAAAUGCAAGAUCCAGGAGCUGGAGCACCAGAGAGGAAUCCAGGCCAAUGAUCUCCAGGAGGCAAAGAACAGCUGGAUAAGCAAGGCUUUUACCUCCCUGCGGACGUCCAGUGGGGGGCUUCACAGUAUUAGUGUACCCAGAAAAGGGGCUCCGGCAGUGAACUGGAGCCUCCACAGCGGCUCCCUCUCUGGAUGGAGCACCAAGAAACUAGCGUGGCUUCACAGAGAAAAUCAAGAAAAUGUUUGA